GAAGAAGAUUACAUAGAAGCUGAAGCAUCAUUCUCUGGUUCUGUGCCCAGAGUGGAACUGUGGUGUGAAGACAGAGAGCUGUACGCUGCACUCUCACUCCUGUACAUUUUCACUGCACUCUGAAACAAUAUUCUCUGAACAGACACAUCUGCUUAUUAUAUACUUCAUCUGCUUGCUGUAACCUGGAAACGACCUUUUCUUCUUACUGCAUUGACAGACUUGUGCCUUGCAUGCUGCACCUACUUUUAGGACUACAGAGAACCUAUCUGCACCUUCAUUUCCGACCCUUUCCCAUUUCUGAUGACUGAAUUGCUCUCAGCACUAAGAUCUCAGCUCUCCACCCAGUGCUUGAGCUUUACCUGCUCUCAUUAUUGUAUCUUAUGAAGCUUUCUUGCUCUCAGUAUUGAAUCCUUUGGUGUUGCAUCUACAGUCCUGCUUCUUGGCCACUAUACCCACCUGCUCAGAGCUGUUGUUUCACUGAAUCAUCACUCUGAGUAACUGCAUUAUGAUGUCUUGUACUGAGCUGAUCACCAUGUGCCUCCUAUCUGCAAAACAGUUAAAGAAGGACAAACCCAUUGCAGCUCCCAUGCAGCUCACAAACCAGGAUCUUUCUAUAUUCCAGGAUAUAUUCCGAAGGGCGGACAAAAAUGAUGAUGGCAAACUGUCCUUUGAAGAGUUCCAGAGUUAUUUUUGUGACGGGGUUCUCAAUAAAGAGGAUCUGCACAAGAUGUUCAUCCGAAUAGACAAGCAGCAAACCAAUAACAUGGACACGGAGCGAAUUUGUGAUUAUUUCUCAGAACAUUUGGGGGAAUACAAGAACGUCCUCACUGCUCUGCAGAAUCUGAAUGUGACUAUAUUAACAGCCAUGGAUAAAACAAAGAUGGACUAUGAGAAUGCCUCCGAGAUAGAGCAGUUUGUGACCCGAUUCUUGCUCCGAGAGACAAUAAAUCAGCUACAUUCCAUGCAGAGUUCCCUGGAGUGUGCUCUGGAAGCUGUUGAGACACAAACUAAACAAGAAAGACAGGAUAUGAAAAAGACAGAGCCUCAGCGGGUGGUACGCAGAUGCAGCCGCCGGUCUCAUAAAUCUGUCUGCCUCCCACCAGAAGAUGCAUAUCCUGGGAUUCUGACAACUGGUGUGCUGGUAGAUGGUGACACUCAGUGGUCUAUGCAGAUUAAUCGCUUGGAGCAGCUCAUUGACAAGCUGGAGUGUACGCAAAGUCCACGUCUACAGCCAGUAAAGGAAGAUGUGACUCCUAGUGCUGGACAGAUGGAUAUCCUGGUGGUCGAGAGAAAGUUAUCAGUUGCUGAAGGUUACAUGGACCAAUUUAAUAUGUCACUUAGUAACUAUAGAGAGUUUGCUGCUGCCCAGGAAAGUUGCUUACAUGUAUCUGCCCUGAAGCAUUACUCCCAGCCAGGCUAUACAUUGUAUGAGAUAUGGAGGGAUGAGGAAUCAUGGAGAAGUCAUCUACAGACUGCACAGAGUAAAACCUUUAAGAGAGCAAUAAUCGAUUGUCUGGAGAGUCCAGAACACAUCAAGACUAUGCUCUUCCCAGCUGCUUGGUGGGUUUUUGAGCCAUGACUGGAUGGAAAUUAAAGAAGCCAUGUGACCAGCAGGACGUGGUUUCCACUCUCCCAGAUUCAAUCUGUAAACUUUUUUCGCUCUCUAAGUAGGGAGAAAAGAGCAAUUUAUGCAGAAUGGAAUGCGCUAUUGCUUUAUACAGCAAAUACCUGACAUGAACACUCACAAUAUAUGAGACACAUUUUUAGCAUUCAAAGUAUCUGCCCCAUGUAUAUAACUGCCAACAUUUCAUUAUUAACUAAAAAUUCAAGGGGCACUUUGCUGCUUUACAGGUGUGGGUUAUGAGGUCUUACCCCUGAUAUGACAGCACCACUGGAGAUUAUUACAAUGCAGUUCUAUUGUAAUUUAAAGAGAACCAGCAUUUACUAAUUCCACAUUUAUCUGAAUAAAUUGUAUCUAAUGUAACAAUUUAUCUUAUGUACCUUUAAAUCGUGAUUGCCUUGGUCACGCAUCACCCUUUGGCUUGCUGCCACCUUCCUGGUGUAACGCUGAGUGUAUGAUAAUAUUCAUGUAAUUGAAAUGCAUGCUAUCUGAAACAGUACAAUUAACUCUUUAUUUUAUUGUGUGGUGCAAAAAAACUGACCUACAGUGUUUCACCCAUUUUCUAAUACAGUAUGUUCAAUGAGAUCAGGGUGCAAAAAAAUUGGGGCAUAGACAAUAUGUUAGGAAAUCCUUUUAACAAAAUAUGGGACUAUAACACCUUGGGGCCUAAAAAUUGCCUUAAUGACAUUGCCUGUGAGCCAGAAAUGAACUCCUUAGAAAUAGCUGUAUUAAUCCAUAACUGAUUCUAUUUUUUACUAUCUCUGUUCCUUGCUGUGGAACAGGCUGUGCACCUACAGCUGGAUUAAGCCUUUGGGGGGGAUCUUGGCACUUUAAACAUGGGGGAUCCCCUGGUCUAAUAUAUUUAUUUACAUAAAUGGAUUUAAUAGAUUUGAUAGACACACACACACACACACACACACACACACACACACACACACACACACACACACACACACACUUAGAGAAAAAUAUAAAUAA